AUUUCAUUGAUAAGAAAAGUUUGAUUAAUUUUUUAUUUCCUAAAAAACACGAUAGAAUAAGAAAUAAAACUUCUUUUUUAUUUUAUAUAAAACAUUUAUAAAUAAACAAUGUGCAAGUGCCACUAUCGAUGUUAUACAAAAUAACAUCAAAACGCAAGCUUUAAUAAUAAUCCCGCCAUAAUGAUAACCAAAUCAAUAAUUUAAAAAAUAAGAACAAUAACUGCAUAGUACAUAACAAUUUUAUGUACAAAAAUGAAUAAUUUAAGCACUGUCAUCUUUAUAGUUUUUAUACUUUUUAUUCAAACUGUUUGCCCGCAAACAAAUGCUUGUUGGUUUCAUGAAAUCUUCACGAAUCCAGAGCCUUUGCAAUGUAGUCUAUCUAGUCGCAAUCUAGGCAAAUCGAUUUACAUACUUUACGAUGUUAAUCCUCCAGAAGGGUUUAACCUUCGUCGAGAUGUUUACAUUCGUCUCGCGGUGUUUGUUCGUAAUCUCCAAAUGGAAUCAGGUUUUGAGUUUGUUAAAUUGGUAUUGCCACCGUUUAGGAGGCUUUAUCAUUGGAAAUCUAGUCAUGUCUAUCAGGACAAUGUUUUGUGGUCUCGAUUCUUUGAUAUUCCUAGCAUGAAAGCAUUUACUCCUGUCCUAGACUAUGACGAGUUCCUUGACGAAAUUCAUGAAACUCUUGUCGAUCCGAAUCGCAUUUCGGUCGAUGUUGCUUAUCAAUUGAAGCAUUUCGAAGAUAUGUUCGAAAAUGGGGUAUUUCGGGACAAAUACGAGUUGGAAGAAUGUAAAAGAGAAGAACACCUACGCGGUUAUCUUCUGCAUCAACCACAACUAAUUGAGAACAAAUUUAUUUGUUUGAAAUUUCAAGGCGGAGCCAGUCUAUUGACUGAUGUCCUAAAAAGCUCAAUACAAAGACUAAAACACUCACCAAAGAUAUUCGCAUUGUUGAAUGCAGAAAUUGUUUUGCACGAUCAAUGGGGUAGCGAUGAAUUUUGGAUGGCACGACGUUCGAUGCGAUUCAAUCGAGAAUUGGUUAAGAUAGCAAAUGAUUUUCGAAAAGAUUUCUUCAAUUCAACUGAUGAUUCUGAUGCUGUUCAACGGCCAUAUAGUUGGAAAGAUGAGAAGCCUUAUCGUGGUGCAAUUGGCGGUGAUUACUUGUGUGUACAUUUGCGUCGUGGUGAUUUUGUUCAUGGUCGUGAAAAAACAACACCAACUUUGAAAUCAGCUGGAACUCAAAUAAGAAAUAAAAUGCGAGAGUUGGGAUUGGAGAAACUUUUUGUUUCCAGUGAUUGUUCACAAUUCGAAUUUAAGAAUCUUAAAUCUUACCUACAAAGAGGUAGGGUAUAUCGCUUUAUGGCAGAAUCAUUGCAUCAAAAAUCUUUAAUUAAAGACGGUGGCAUAGCUAUUAUUGAUCAAAUUAUUUGUUCACAUGCUAGAUAUUUUAUUGGAACUUUUGAAAGCACAUUCACAUACCGAAUCUAUGAAGAACGUGAAAUUCUAGGCUUCCCAAAGGAUACAACAUUUAAUACAUUUUGCAAAACUGAAGAUUUGGAAAAUUGCGCAAAAAAUUCUAUUUGGCCGAUAGUUUAUUGACUGCACUUUAAUACAAUAUUUUUGUUUUUAUUUAAUUUUAAAAAUAAUCAAAGCUUUUACUUACAAAUUUAAGAAACUAAUAAAUAAGUGACACAAUUUUAAACCAAAAA